AAGAAAAAAGGUCUGUCACGACCGGUGUAAAAGAGAAAACAACAGAUCUCUCCCUCCUCGCGCAGCUGCUCAUAAGAUCUCCUUCACUACUGUGAUGAUAACGAAGACAAUUCCAAGGAGCUGAAAAUCAUCAUCAUCAAUCAGCUAAGAUUAAGAAUUAUGAUAAAUCUAAACCGUUCGGUUUCGAUUUGGAUCGUAUUAUCAUUAUUUCUCUCCCUCUUCCUUUCUAAAGCUGAAGUUAUAACCCUAACUCCUGAGACAUUCUCUGACAAGGUGAAGGAGAAAGACACGGCAUGGUUUGUCAAAUUUUGUGUUCCAUGGUGUAAGCAUUGUAAGAAUUUGGGGACCUUGUGGGAAGAGGUUGGGAAGGCAAUGGAGGGGGAAGAUGAAAUAGAGGUUGGAGAAGUGGACUGCGGCGCCAGCAAAUCUGUCUGUUCUAAAGCUGAUAUCCACUCUUACCCUACUUUUAAGCUCUUUUUUGAUGGAGAAGAAGUUGCUAAAUAUCAAGGUUAUGGAAAAUUCUGGUGCCUAUUUUUAAUGAUGCAACUGCAAAAGAUGAGAGAGGUGUUUUCUUGGAGCUGCUUAUAUUUCAGGUGUUGCCUUAGGGUCAAUACUUGUUCCAUUAAGCUAGAGGGCAGCUGAUAUGUUGACACUUAAACAAUGAAUGAUACUCUUAUGAGCCUUUUCAAAAGUUAGUUGGAUAUCUUGCUGAUAGAAAUAUGUAUAGAUGAGUUUGAGUUCAAUGUGAAGUUAUUGAAGGAAUAUUUGCAAAGUAAUUGUCUGGAUGAUAGACAUUGGUUCAAAGUAUUUUCAUCACUUAUUUGGGUAGACCUCAGUAUGUGAAUGGAAGAGUGUUUGUGAAAAGGUAAAGAAAAAACAGAGGAAAGAAAAUAAUGCGAUUUGUAUUCUCAAAUUGAUUACUUGGGUAACUUAACUUUGUGGUGGGGAACCCAAUUAAAGAAAAGACUAUUAAAUCUAACAAAGACAGAUCUUGCUUAAGAAAAGAAAGAGAAUGAAAUGAUAAUGAAAAGAAGAUCAACAAGAAUGAACGGACUAAGAUGCAUGAUCCCAAAACUAACAAGUCUCCUUUGAUUUAGCCAGCAACAAUAGUUGCGGUCCAGAUGGGCAGGAACAUAGAGAACAGUUUAUAGUUUUGCAUUUAGCUGGUGGUAUAAACUGUUCAAAUAAUGAAUGUGUAUUUCCUGAGCUUAGUAUGCAGUUUAUUAUGCCGUGGCUCGUUGUGGUUGCUUGCUGUUGUGAAAAAUAUCAUAUUGGAGAUGCAAUGCUCUGGACAUAGUUGUGAUCUGCAAUUUGUAUGUGGUAUUGUUGAAAUCUAUUGGGAUCUUCCCUAAAUAUAAAGAAGCUUGUAGCAUUAGGUUAUUUGUCAGUUUAGCCAUGAAUGCAAAAUCUUGGAUUUUGUUUUAAGAUUCAACAUAGGGGAAGGCUUGACAUUUUGUUUCUACUAUUUUAUGUGUGUUUAGAUUCAUAGGAUAAUGGAUUGUUUUCAGGAAUGAUUCAAUGAAGUCAAAUUCAACUUCUUUAUGUAUCUUUCAGCAUUAGAAAUCAAUAACCAUGCUUCUGUUGCAUUUGGCAUCUUUUUCACCGGCAGUUUUGUAUUAGUUGGUGCGAUGAAAUGCUUUUAACCAAUGGUUUAUAAUAUUACCACAACUUCAAGAUCUAAGUGUUUAUGCAUCUUACUGAAAU